GAGGGAGAGAGAGAGAGAGGGAGAGAGAGAGAAAAGACUUUUUUUUUAGAUCUGCUGUGUUUGCGUGUGAGCUUUCAAGCUCAUUCUUAAAUACAUUCACGAGUUCUUCAAUGUGAAAACCUCUCUGACCCGAAAAUAUCCUCAUAUCUUCACUGGGUUGGACUUGCAUUGUCACUAUUGUGUCAAGUCGGUUUUUAUUAUAAUCUCUUUGUGUUGAUACGUGUUUUGAGCUUCCCAUUUUAUGAAUUAAAUUGGGUAUUUGCUAUAUAAGGUGCAGAAGAAUUGAUCUUGAGUCGAUUCCUGUUGGGGUUGUGUUAUUUUCAAGAUUGGUGUGCUGUAACAAAAGGAUUUGAUGGUUUUCCGGUAGCUUUGUCGGAGCUCAGAUGAGGUUGCAGAAAAUUAUUGUCUUAGCCCAGGGGAACCAUGAAGUAUUUUACUUGCAAAUGUGGAAUUUGAGCAUCAUAUUUACAUAGAGAGAGAAGGAGAUACAGGGAGAGAAAAUGUUCAAGUCGGCGAGAUGGAGGAGCGACAAGAACAAAAUCAAAGCUGUAUUUAAAUUGCAGUUUCAUGCAACUCAGCUAACACAGGUUGGAGCAGAUGCUUUGAUGAUAGCUGUGAUUCCCAAUGAUGUUGGAAAGCCAACAACAAGAUUAGAUAAAGCAAAAGUUAGAGAUGGAAGUUGUUACUGGGAAAAGCCACAUUAUGAAACUGUGAAGUUCACUCAAGAUCAAAAAACUGGAAAAUUCAAUGACAAAAUCUAUCGUUUUGUUGUAGCAACGGGUUCUUCGGUUUUUGGUGUUGUUGGAGAAGUUUCAAUUGAUUUUGCAAGUUAUGCUGAGGCUACAAAGCUUUCUUCUCUAUCUCUUCCUCUCAAAAAUACAAAAUCCACAAGUCUAUUGCAUAUAUCAAUUCAAAGGGUGCAAGAUCAAAGGGAUGUUGAUGUUAGUGAAAGCACGAAUGUUGAUAUAGAAGAAAGCAUCCGAGUUGAUCCUAUUGAAGAUCAUGGGGCUAUGAGUGAUAACAUUAACAGAGAUUGCAGGGCAUCCAUUGGAUCUGAUAUCACUCUGUCAUGUUCGGAUAGCAGCUCUGGACUUGACACCCCACGAGACCCUGAACCUAAAAACACUAAUAACAAAUCGGCUUGUGAAUCCUCAACAUCAACAAUCUAUGAAGAACAGCAUCGAAAAUCAUCAUCACAAUGGGAUUGGUUAGAGGCUUCACCUCAUGAAUUAAGUACCGAUGAUUCUUCUGUAAUAAGUCCAAGAGAAAUAUCUGAUGAAGAUUCUCCAGAUGCCAUAAUAAAAAAGCUCCAAGAAGAAGUUGCAGUUUUUGCUAGGCAAGCUGAUAUGUCAGAGAUGGAACUACAAACCCUUCGUAAGCAAAUUGUGAAAGAAAGCAAAAAGAGUCAAGAUCUUUCACGGGAAGUAGUUUUCCUUAAGGAGGAGUGUGGAAAGAUGAAGGCGUAUCAGAAACCCACAGAAGUCAAAGUCAAUGGUAAUUCAGGAGGGGAUCCAUGGGUUCUUGUUGAUGAGCUUAAACAAGAAUUGAAUUAUGAAAAGGAUUUGAAUUCCAAUCUUCGAUUACAACUUCAGAAAACUCAAGAAUCAAAUGCAGAGUUGAUUCUUGCUGUUCGGGACCUAGACGAGAUGCUAGAACAGAAAUCUUCCAUUGCUCCAAAGUCACAAGAAGUCAACUCUAAAUCCAAGACAGAUGAUGAUGAAGAUCAAAAGGCUUUAGAAGAGAUUGUUAGAGAACAUAGUGGCUUAAAAGAUGCAUAUUUACAGGAACAAAAGAUAAUCGAUCUUUAUAAUGAAAUAGAGUUAUACAAGAGAGAUAAAGAAGAGCUUGAAACACAAAUGGAACAGAUUGCACUCGAUUAUGAGAUCUUGAAGCAAGAAAACCAUGACAUGUCUUGCAAACUGGAACAAAGUCAACUUCAAGAACAGUUAAAGAUGCAAUACGAAUGUUCAUCUCCUUACGCCUCUGUAAACGAACUCGAAUCCCAGAUAGAUAAUUUAGACAAUGAGCUCAAAAUGAAAUCCAAAGAAUUGUUGAAAUCGAUUCUUACAAUCAAAGAACUUGAAACCCAUGUGAAGAAUCUUGAGGAAGAUUUGGAGAAUCAAGCUCUUGGGUUUGAGGCGGAUAUGGAAGAUCUUGUGCGUGCAAAAGUCGAACAGGAGCAGAGGGCGAUUCGGUCAGAGGAAAAUUUAAGAAAGGUGAAACUGCAGAAUGCUAAUACAGCAGGGAAACUUCAGGAGGAAUUUAGAAGGCUAUCAACAGAGAUGGCUUCGGCUUUUAAAGAAAACGAGAAUGCAGCCAUGAAAGCCAUGGAUGAAGCUUAUCAACUCCAGGUAGAAAAAAGACACCUUGAAGAGAUGCUGAAGGAAGUCCAAGAAGAGUUGCAGUAUGUUCGUGACCAAUAUGAAGACAAAUUGGUUGAUCUUUCAAACCAAAUAAACCUAAAGUCAAAACAAUUAAAAGAUAUGGAAGUACAGUUUGGGAAUCUUCAAGAUGAAAGAAAGAAUCUUGAAGAUGAGGUUCAUAUGGUAAAAAUGGAAGUGGAGAGCUUAAGAAAGGAGUUGAGUGAGGUGAGAAAUGUUAAGAAAGAUAAGGAGAAUGAAGUUGAAAGGCUACAAUCUGAGAUUGAACGUUUAAAAUCUCGAUGUAAUGAAAUGAAACAGUUUGUUAAAGAGUAUGAAUUGGAGAAAGGAAAUUUGAUGAAGAAGGUAUCUCAACUAAAUAAUGAUCUCAAGAAGAAAGAUGAAACAAUCAGCAGCAUUGAGAAAAAGCUCAAGGAUUGUAAUAGUAAUACCAAAACAACCCCUAGAAACAAUAAACCUGUUCCUGCUUCUCGUGGCCCAAAAGAGAUUACCAAUAAUAUGAAGGACAAAAUCAAACUAUUUGAGGGUCAAAUAAAGCUUAAAGAAACUGCAUUACAGCUUUCUGAAGCUUCUUUUCUAGAGAAAGAGAAAGAUCUUCAACAAAAAAUCCAAGAGUUGGAAAGACGAUUAGAGGUUCUUGAUCAAGACAUAAUAAGUGAUGAUGCCAUUAAAUCCAAGAUUAACAAGACUGGAAAUCAAGAAUUUUUUGAGACAUUAUCAAACAGAAACAAGUUGAUGGAAGUAGAAUUGAAGGAAAUGCAAGAAAGAUAUUCAGAAAUAAGUCUAAAGUUUGCAGAGGUAGAGGGUGAAAGGCAACAGCUUGUAAUGACUCUAAGAAACCUCAAAAACGCAAAGAAAUGUUAGCAAAAGGUAUACAUGGAUUAUCCUGCAUCAUACGAAAUAUGUAAAUUGGUAUAAAUGGUUUUCUUUCCUUCUUUUUCUUGUUCUUUUUUUUUCAAGGUUUUCUCUAAGAUAUUACAUGUACCAUGUAGAUUAGCAUGUUAAGCAUCCAAUAAUCAGUCCAUGAUUUUAUUCUACCUUGCAUUAAAUCUUGUGG